GAAUUCUACCCGUCGUCGAGUGCAACGAACAUCAUCCGCCAACGACCGUCGAUACGCCGACAUCAAGAUGGUCAACCUUCGCACCCAGAAGCGCCUCGCGGCCUCCGUGGUCGGCUGCGGCAAGCGCAAGAUUUGGCUCGACCCCAAUGAGAUGAAUGAGAUCUCCAACGCCAACUCCCGUCAGACCAUCCGCAAGCUCGUCAGCGAUGGCCUCAUCAUCCGCAAGCCCGUCACCAUGCACUCCCGCGCCCGUGCCCGUGAGCUCGCCGCCGCCCGCAGAAUCGGCAGACACCGUGGUCUGGGUAAGCGCAAGGGUACCAAGGAGGCUCGUAUGCCCAGCCAGAUCCUCUGGAUGCGCCGCAUGCGUGUUCUCCGUCGCCUGCUCGUCCGUUACCGUGCCUCCGGCAAGAUCGACAAGCACCUGUACCACGAGCUCUACCACCUGAGCAAGGGUAACACCUUCAAGCACAAGCGUGCCCUCAUCGAGCACAUCCAGAAGGCCAAGGCUGAGAGACACCGUGAGCGUGUCCUCAAGGAGGAGAUGGACGCCAAGCGUGCCAAGAACAAGGCUCUCCGUGAGCGCCGCUUGGAGCGCAAGGAGGCCAAGCAGAACGCUCUCGUCGCUGAGGCCCAGGAGUAAAUUUCUUCUGUUUGACGAACUUUGGCGGUGCGG